AGGCCGCGGCGAAGGGGACGGGGCUGCGCCCCGACGCCGCCUGACGCGACGCGUCCUCACGCGCGAGUACGUCACGGCGUCGGGGCGGAAGAUGGUGCAGCUCCGGGCCGGCGGUUACUGAGCUGACCCGGACGGCGAGGGAGCGGGAGCCCGAACCCGACCACUCCGGCUGCCGCGGGGUGCGGCGCAGCCACUGCCAUGUCGCUGCUGCAGUCGGCGCUCGACUUCUUGGCGGGUCCAGGCUCCCUGGGCGGUGCUUCCGGCCGCGACCAGAGUGAUUUCGUGGGGCAGACGGUGGAACUGGGCGAGCUGCGGCUGCGGGUGCGGCGGGUCCUGGCCGAAGGAGGGUUUGCAUUUGUGUAUGAAGCUCAAGAUGUGGGGAGUGGCAGAGAGUAUGCAUUAAAGAGGCUAUUAUCCAAUGAAGAGGAAAAGAACAGAGCCAUCAUUCAAGAAGUUUGCUUCAUGAAAAAGCUUUCCGGCCACCCGAACAUCGUACAGUUUUGUUCUGCAGCAUCCAUAGGAAAAGAGGAGUCGGACACGGGGCAGGCCGAGUUCCUCCUGCUCACAGAGCUCUGUAAAGGGCAGCUGGUGGAAUUUUUGAAGAAAAUGGAGUCUCGAGGUCCCCUGUCGUGCGACACGGUUCUGAAGAUCUUCUACCAGACGUGCCGUGCUGUGCAGCACAUGCACCGGCAGAAGCCGCCCAUCAUCCACAGGGACCUCAAGGUUGAGAACUUGUUGCUUAGUAAUCAAGGGACCAUUAAGCUGUGUGACUUUGGCAGUGCCACGACCAUCUCACACUACCCCGACUACAGCUGGAGCGCCCAGAGGCGAGCCCUGGUGGAGGAAGAGAUCACGAGGAAUACGACACCAAUGUAUAGAACGCCAGAAAUCAUAGACUUGUAUUCCAACUUCCCGAUCGGCGAGAAGCAGGAUAUCUGGGCCCUGGGCUGCAUCUUGUACCUGCUGUGCUUCCGGCAGCACCCUUUUGAGGAUGGAGCGAAACUUCGAAUAGUCAAUGGGAAGUACUCGAUUCCCCCGCACGACACGCAGUACACGGUCUUCCACAGCCUCAUCCGCGCCAUGCUGCAGGUGAACCCGGAGGAGCGGCUGUCCAUCGCCGAGGUGGUGCACCAGCUGCAGGAGAUCGCGGCCGCCCGCAACGUGAACCCCAAGUCUCCCAUCACAGAGGUGAGGGAGCUUCUGGAGCAGAAUGGAGGCUAUGGGAGCACCGUGCUGUCCCGAGGGCCACCCCCUCUUGUGGGCCCCGCUGGCAGUGGCUACAGUGGAGGCCUGGCCCUGGCGGAGUACGACCAGCCCUACGGCGGCUUCCUGGACAUUCUGCGGGGUGGGACGGAGCGGCUCUUCACCAACCUCAAGGACACCUCCUCCAAGGUCAUACAGUCCGUCGCUAAUUACGCAAAGGGUGACCUGGACAUAUCUUACAUCACGUCCAGAAUUGCAGUGAUGUCGUUCCCGGCAGAAGGUGUGGAGUCAGCGCUGAAAAACAACAUCGAAGACGUGCGGUUGUUCCUGGACUCCAAGCACCCGGGGCACUAUGCCGUCUACAACCUGUCCCCCAGGACCUACCGGCCUUCCAGGUUCCACAACCGGGUCUCCGAGUGUGGCUGGGCAGCGCGGCGGGCCCCGCACCUGCACACCCUGUACAACAUCUGCAGGAACAUGCAUGCCUGGCUGCGGCAGGACCACAAGAACGUCUGCAUCGUGCACUGCAUGGACGGGAGAGCCGCGUCUGCUGUGGCUGUCUGCUCCUUCCUGUGCUUUUGCCGUCUCUUUAGCACCGCGGAGGCCGCCGUGUACAUGUUCAGCAUGAAGCGCUGCCCGCCAGGCAUCUGGCCGUCCCACAAAAGGUACAUCGAGUACAUGUGCGACAUGGUGGCGGAGGAGCCCAUCACACCCCACAGCAAGCCCAUCCUGGUGAGGGCCGUGGUCAUGACGCCCGUUCCGCUGUUCAGCAAGCAGAGGAGCGGCUGCAGGCCCUUCUGCGAGGUCUACGUGGGGGAUGAGCGCGUGGCCAGCACCUCCCAGGAGUACGACAAGAUGCGGGAUUUUAAGAUUGAGGAUGGUAAAGCCGUCAUUCCCCUGGGCGUCACAGUGCAAGGAGAUGUGCUCAUCGUCAUCUAUCACGCCCGGUCCACCCUGGGCGGCCGGCUGCAGGCCAAGAUGGCAUCCAUGAAGAUGUUCCAGAUUCAGUUCCACACGGGGUUUGUGCCUCGGAACGCCACCACUGUGAAAUUUGCCAAGUAUGACCUGGACGCCUGUGACAUUCAAGAGAAAUACCCGGACUUAUUUCAAGUGAACCUAGAAGUGGAGGUGGAGCCCAGGGACAGGCUGAGCCGGGAAGCCCCACCGUGGGAGAACUCGAGCAUGAGGGGGCUGAACCCCAAAAUCCUGUUUUCCAGCCGGGAGGAGCAGCAAGACAUUCUGUCUAAGUUUGGGAAGCCGGAGCUCCCCCGGCAGCCCGGCUCCACGGCUCAGUAUGAUGCUGGGGCAGGUUCCCCGGAAGCCGAGCCCACAGACUCCGACUCACCGCCAAGUAGCAGCGCGGACGCCAGCCGCUUUCUGCACACACUGGACUGGCAGGAAGAGAAGGAGGCAGAGACUGGUGCAGCAAAUGCCUCUCCCAAGGAGAGCGAGUCUGCCCUGAUGGAGGACAGAGACGAGAGCGAGGUGUCGGACGAAGGGGGUUCCCCAGUCUCCAGCGAGGGCCAGGAGCCCCGGGCCGAUCCGGAGCACCCCGGCCUGGCAGCAGGGCUGGUGCAGCAGGAUGUGGUUUUUGAGGUGGGGACGCCAGCUGUGCUCCCGGAGCCUGUGCCACAGGAAGACGGGGUUGACCUCCUGGGCCUGCACUCCGAGGUGGGCGCAGGGCCAGCUGUAGCCCUGCAGGCCCUCCAGGCCCCCUCCAGCAAUACCGACCUGCUCUGCUGCCUCCUUGGGCCCCCAGAGGCCACCUCCCAGGGGCCCCCGGAGGAUCUGCUUGGCGAGGCCCGCCUGCUCCUGGCAAGCCCAGCCCCUCCCCUGAGCAUGCAGAGCACCCCAGGAGGAGGGCCCCCUGCUGCUGCUGACCCCUUUGGCCCGCUCCUGCUGUCUUCAGACAGCGACUCCCAGCCCUGCUCCAAUCCUGAUCUCUUCGGCGAAUUUCUCAAUUCGGACUCUGCGGCAGUCCCACCAUCCUUCCCGUCUGCCCACAGUGCUCCGCCCCCGUCCUGCAGCGCUGACUUCCUGCAGCUGGGGGAUCUGCCAGGAGAGCCCAGCAAGAUGACGGCCUCGUCCAGCAACCCAGACCUGCUGGGAGGAUGGGCUGCCUGGACCGAGACGGCAGCGUCGGCAGUGGCCCCCACGCCAGCCACGGAAGGCCCCCUCUUCUCUCCUGGAGGUCAGCCGGCCCCUUGUGGCCCUCAGGCCAGCUGGACCAAGUCUCAGAACCCGGACCCAUUUGCUGACCUUGGCGACCUCAGCUCCGGCCUCCAAGGCUCACCAGCUGGAUUCCCUCCUGGUGGCUUUAUUCCCAAAACGGCCACCACAGCCAAAGGCAGUGGCUCCUGGCAGACAAGUCGGCCGCCAGCCCAGGGCGCCUCAUGGCCCCCUCAGGCCAAGCCGCCCCUCAAAGCCUGCACACAGCCAAGGCCUAACUAUGCUGCGAACUUCAGUGUGAUCGGGGCACGAGAGGAGCGGGGGGUCCGCGCACCCAGCUUUGCUCAAAAGCCAAAAGUGUCUGAGAACGACUUUGAAGAUCUGUUGCCCAAUCAAGGCUUCUCCUCCAGGUCUGACAAGAAGGGGCCAAAGACCAUUGCGGAGAUGAGGAAGCAGGACCUGGCUAAAGACACAGACCCGCUCAAGCUGAAGCUCCUGGACUGGAUUGAGGGCAAGGAGCGGAACAUCCGGGCCCUGCUGUCCACGCUGCACACAGUGCUGUGGGACGGGGAGAGCCGCUGGACGCCCGUGGGCAUGGCCGACCUGGUGGCCCCGGAGCAGGUGAAGAAGCACUACCGCCGCGCGGUGCUGGCCGUGCACCCCGACAAGGCCGCGGGGCAGCCGUAUGAGCAGCACGCCAAGAUGAUCUUCAUGGAGCUGAAUGACGCCUGGUCAGAGUUUGAGAACCAGGGCUCCCGGCCCCUCUUCUGAGGCCGCAGUGGUGGUGGCUGCGCACACAUCUCCACAGCUUGGGAGCUGUCGUGGGACCUGGGUCCCCACCGUGAGGGCCCCAUGGGCGACGGCGGAUGUGGCCAGAGUGGGGCUCCGAGCCCCGGGUCACCGCCUGCCCAGCAUUCCAGGCACAGGAAGAGAAAGCAUUCCAAAGCCUCUGAUUGUUGUUUCCUUUUUCUCCUCCCGAAGGAACAGCUGAUUCAUGCUCCUCCCACAGUUGUCACAUCUGUGAUUUAUUUGGUGUUUCCGGCGUGGCCUCUGGAGCACCAGCACAUGGUGAGCCCCGCGGCUGGUGCUCAUGAGCCCUGGUGUUUGCACCGCACUUUGUAAUCAGUCCCGUGGUUGUCUGUACAGAAUUAAACUAUUUUCCGAUGAC